CACGUUGGUUCAGCAAAUCAAUAGACCGUCCUAAGCGCUGUACGUGUCGGUUGAGGCUAACUGUGCCGCAAUCUGUGUAGAGCGCGGAUAAAAUAUCGACUUCGCCAUCUCAAUGUCAUGGGAGUCAUUGGACUUCAUCGACAUGGGGCUUACUGAGAUUAAAGUUGUUUCGGAAAGAUUUAGUGCUGCGUGUUCCGAAGCAGAUUACCAUAGGCGUGACGAUAUCCAUGACCCCCUUUCUGAUGACGAUUUUUUGGGGGCUUUUAAAUAAUCUCUGGAAACAAAUCCCAAGGGUUUCAGAGGAACGCAUCAAAAAGAGCAAUCCUCGUAAACCUGUAAAAUAUGCGACGCCCCCAAGAUUGACGACAUGCCUGAGAACUUGAUGAAAUCUAUCCCAUGAUGGAAAAACAACACUCAUAGCUUUUUCACCGAGGAGGACGCCCUUGAUCUCAACAUGGAUCAUCCCAUAGCUGAGUCAUAUAGGCUAUUGUUACAAUUGGAGGAGCGCGGAAAAAUAGACAACGUGACCCAAAUGCGAAUGUCACACGAAGUCGCUCCGACGCAACUUCUGACUUUUAUCACAGAUAU